GUUUGUACAGCGGAUCUUCAUCAGAAUGAAUCGCAGAGGCUGAAGUGACUCCUUUUCCUUUGAUGUGGAGAAUCGAGACAAGCUCACGAUGGAAGUGAAGGAACGUAGACCGUACCGAUCUCUGACGGCACGGCGGGACGCCGAGCGCCGCUACACUAGCUCAUCGGCCGACAGCGAAGACGGCAAGCUCAAACCCAAAUCGUACAGCUCCAGCGAGACACUCAAGGCCUUCGAGCAGGACCCCCGAGUGGCCUACGGCACACGAGUUAAGGAUGUUGUUCACCAUGAGGUGGACGAGUUCGGCAGACAAGGAGCGGAUUACUCCUUGCGAGAGUUUGGCUUCGGUGACCCCGUGCCUCCUCGCGUGGCAGCCUACCGGUCAGAAAUGACCAUGCCCCACCGCGACUAUUCACUCAGCGUGGGCUCGGACGCAGACACCGAGACGGACGGAAUCGUGUCCCCCGAGGACGCCGUCCGGCUGUGGGGCAGAGCGAACAUAAAGUCUGGGCGAAGUUCGUGUCUGUCCAGCAGAGCCAACUCUAACCUGACUCUAACCGACACCGAGCACGAGAACACUGAAAACGGUCCUCCUCUACAUUGCUCCUCUGGCUCCUCUUCCCCCGGCACCUCCCAUUACCCGCCCCUUGCCCACGCAGCCAGUGAGAGCCAGGGAAGGUUGCUAGGUAACAAUGGGCUUCGAGCCGACCCCGACUCUGAGUCGGAGGAUGAGUUUGGCCCCGCUUCUUCCUUCUUAGUUAAGACCGGGUCAGGAAACGUGAACGUGUGUGCUCCCGGCUCUGCGGCCGCCGACGAUGGCUCAUUUCCGAACCAUUCCCGCCUGAGGACGCCACCGCUCCCCCUGUCUCACUCGCACUCUCCCAGUCAGCACCAUGGCACAUCCAUGGGUUCUUUGAGUCGGAGUAAUUAUACGCCGCGGAGUAACGCCAGUCCGGCGCCCACCGACAGCACGGCAGCACCAGAGGGGCCUUCGAGUGCCCCGGACUCCAGCAGUGCCCAGGACAACUGGCUCCUCAACAGCAACAUUCCUCUGGAGACCAGGAACCAGAAUACUCUAAUGUUUAUCAGAGAGGAGCAGGACUCUUGCAGAGACGGGCAAGGGUCAUACAAUACAAGGCACUUUUUGUUCAAGCCUAGUGGGACCUCACCGCUGUACUGCACAACAUCGCCCGCUUACCCUUUGACCUCCAGCACAGUGUACUCGCCUCCACCUCGACCCCUGCCUCGCAGCACCUUCUCCCGACCUGCCUUCAGCCUCAAAAAGCCCUACAAGCACUGCAACUGGAAAUGUGCUGCCCUAAGCGCCAUCCUCAUCUCCGUCACACUGGUGUUCCUGCUAGCCUACUUCAUUGCCAUGCAUCUGUUUGGCUUGAACUGGCACUUACAGCCCAUGCAGAGGCAGUUGUACCGGCUAACAGAGGACAACGUCAGCAGUCUGUCCAUACCUACAGAGCUGGGCCUGCCUCCGCUCGGCAACACAGGCUUGGAACUCCCAGACCGGAGAGGCAAAGAGGAGGGCAAACCGGACAGCUUGUUCCCAGAUGACAGCUUCAUAGACAUGGGUGAGAUUGAUGUGGGUCGCAAGGUAACACAGCAGAUACCGCCCGGCAUCUUCUGGAGGUCGCAGGUCUUUAUCGACCACCCCAUGUACCUCAAGUUUAACGUGUCUCUCAGUAAAGAUGCCUUGGUCGGGAUCUAUGGAAGAAGAGGCCUUCCUCCCUCACACACACAGUUCGACUUUGUGGAGCUGCUAGAUGGCCGGCGGCUCCUGGCUCAAGGGGUUCAGGGUCUAGGUGGACCUUCAGCACUGACUCAACCACGCAGCCUGAUGCCCCUUAGCAGCCAUGACACCGGGUUUAUACAGUACAUGGAUUCAGGCAUUUGGCACCUGGCGGUGUACAAUGAUGGCAAGGAGACGGAGCAGGUGUCAUUCCUAACCUCCGCUAUAGACUCGAUUGAUGAUUGUCCUAGUAACUGUUUUGGUAAUGGAGACUGUAUUGCUGGAACCUGCCACUGUUUCCUGGGAUUCAGAGGACCAGACUGCGGCAGAGCUUCGUGUCCAGUGCUAUGCAGUGGCAAUGGUCAGUACCUGAAAGGCCGUUGCAUGUGUCACAGUGGCUGGAAAGGAUCGGAGUGUGACGUACCCACCAACCAGUGCAUUGAUGUGACCUGCAGUGGCCAUGGAACGUGCAUAGUGGGGACCUGCAUAUGCAAUCCAGGAUUCAAGGGAGAGAACUGUGAAGAAGUGGACUGUCUGGACCCCACAUGCUCAGGCCGAGGCGUGUGCGUACGUGGCGAGUGCCACUGUUUCGUGGGUUGGGGAGGUCCUGGGUGCGAGAGCCCACGGGCGUCCUGCAUGGACCAUUGCUCGGGUCAUGGAGCCUUCCUGGCUGAGACGGGCACCUGCAGCUGUGACCCCAAUUGGACUGGACAUGACUGCUCUACAGAGCUUUGUGCGGCGGACUGUGGCGGGCACGGCAUCUGCGUGGCGGGCGGCUGCCGCUGCGAGGAGGGCUGGAUGGGUGCCGCCUGCGAUCAGAGGGCUUGCCACCCGCGCUGCAGUGAACACGGUACCUGCAAGGAUGGCAAGUGUGAAUGCAGCCCUGGCUGGAAUGGAGAACACUGCACUAUUGCUCACUAUCUGGAUAAGGUAGUGAAAGAGGGUUGCCCGGGUCUGUGUAACGGCAAUGGCAGGUGCACGCUGGGUAAUAAUGGCUGGUACUGCGUGUGUCAGCUGGGCUGGAGAGGAACAGGUUGUGACACCUCCAUGGAGACCUCCUGCAACGACGCCAAGGACAAUGAUGGAGAUGGUCUGCUGGACUGCAUGGAUCCAGACUGCUGUGUGCAAUCUUCAUGUCAGGUCACUUCUCUGUGUGUGGGAUCACCUGAUCCACUGGACAUCAUUCAGGAGACUCAGGUUUCCUCUGGUCCAAGCAACCUGCACUCCUUUUACCAGCGGGUGCGCUUCCUGGUGGGCCGUGAUAGCACACAUGUGGUUCCUGGGCCGAACCCCUUCGAGGCCAGUCAUGCCUGUGUCAUCCGAGGGCAAGUGGUGACCACUGAUGGGACUCCACUGGUUGGAGUGAACAUCAGCUUUAUCAACAAUCCUACAUACGGCUACACCAUCACCAGGCAGGAUGGCAGUUUUGACCUGCUGUCCAGUGGUGGUCUGGCCGUGGCGCUUCGCUUUGAGCGCGCUCCAUUCAUCAUGCAGGAACACACGCUGUGGCUGCCAUGGUCCCGUUUCUUCGUCAUGGACACUGUGGUCAUGCGGCACGAAGUGAACGACAUUCCCAGCUGCGAUCUGAGCAGCUUCACACGCCCGAGUCCCAUAGUGCUACCUGCUCCCCUUACUGCUUUCGCCACAGCCUGUCAGGACAGAGGAAUCGUAGUACCAGAAAUACAGGCUCUUCAGGAGGAGGUGCGUAUCCCUGGUACGGAUCUACGCCUGAACUACUUGAGCAGCCGCACAGCAGGUUAUAAGUCUGUUCUUAGGGUCACACUGACCCACACAAUCAUCCCAUUUAGUCUUAUGAAGGUGCACCUUAUGGUGGCUGUGGAAGGCCGUCUCUAUAGGAAGUGGUUCUCAGCAGCGCCCAACCUUUCUUAUGACUUUGUGUGGGACAAGACCGACGUCUACAGCCAGAAGGUGUACGGCCUGUCCGAGGCGUUUGUGUCUGUGGGAUUUGAGUACGAGUCAUGUCCUGAUAUGAUCCUGUGGGAGAAGAGGACGGCAAUUCUACAGGGAUAUGAAAGCACAGCGUCUAACCUGGGGGGCUGGAGCAUCGACAAACACCAUGCGCUUAACAUCCAGAGUGGCAUCCUGCACAAGGGCAACGGCGAGAAUGUCUUCAUUUCCCAGCAGCCCCCUGUCAUCGGGAGUAUCAUGGGUAACGGACGGCGACGCAGCAUUUCCUGUCCGAGCUGUAACGGCCUGGCUGAUGGAAAUAAGCUUCUAGCUCCGGUGGCUCUGGCCUGUGGCUCAGAUGGCAGCUUAUUUGUGGGUGACUUCAACUAUAUCCGUCGAAUAUUUACCACUGGGAAUGUCACCAGCGUCCUGGAGCUCAGUAAUAGCCCAGCUCACAAGUACUAUCUGGCCACAAGUCCAGUGUCAGGAGCUCUGUUUCUAUCAGACACCAGCAGCAGGAAGGUGUUCAAGAUAAAGUCCCUGAACGUUGUAAAGGAUGUAGCUAAGAACCUGGAGCUUAUGGCAGGGACAGGGGACCAGUGUCUUCCUUAUGACGAGACCCGCUGUGGGGAUGGAGGCAAGGCUGUGGAAGCUACACUCACAAACCCAAGAGGCAUUACGGUAGACAAGUAUGGCACAAUAUUCUUUGUGGAUGGGACCAUGAUCCGCCGCAUCGAUCAGAACGGAAUUAUCUCCACGCUGCUGGGCUUCAACGACCUGACCUCGGCACGACCUCUCAGCUGCGACUCCGUCAUGGACAUCUCACAGGUACGUCUGGAAUGGCCAACUGACCUAGCUGUAAGUCCAAUGGACAACUCACUGUAUGUUCUGGAUAACAAUGUGGUGCUGCAGAUCUCAGAGAAUCACCAGGUCAGGAUCGUAGCCGGACGUCCCAUGCACUGCCAGGUCCCAGGCCUGGACCACUUCCUAGUGAGCAAAGUGGCCAUUCAUGCCACGCUAGAAUCCGCCAACGCGCUGGCCGUUUCCCACAACGGCAUCCUCUACAUCGCAGAAUCGGAUGACAAGAAGAUCAAUCGUGUGAGACAGGUUUCUACCAACGGCGAGAUCUCACUGGUUGCUGGCUCCCCCAGUGGGUGUGACUGUAAAAAUGACCCGAACUGCGACUGCUACUCGGGCGACGACGGCUACGCCAAGGACGCAAAGUUGUACUCGCCAUCAUCGCUGGCAGUCUCACCAGAUGGUGAGCUUUUCAUCGCUGAUCUGGGAAACGUCCGGAUACGUUAUGUGCGACGAAACAAGGCAUAUCUCAAUCCGCUCAACAUGUAUGAGGUGUCAUCUCCUAUUAACGAUGAGCUGUACCUGUUUGAUGCCAAUGGUAGUCACAUCUACACCCAGAGUCUGACCACUGGUGACUACCUGUACAACCUGACGUAUUCAGGAAAGGGUGAUCUGAGCAGCAUAACAGAUAAGAACAAGAACAAAGCUACUAUUCGUAGAGACACUACAGGUAUGCCUCUGUGGAUCAUGACUCCAGAUGGACAAACAUUUUGGUUCACCAUUGGGACUAAUAAUGCCCUCAAGAGUGUCGGUGCCCAGGGCCAAGAGUUAGCAAUUAUGACCUACCAUGGAAGCUCAGGACUGUUGGCAACAAAGAGCAAUGAAGAUGGAUGGACGACCUUCUACGAGUAUGACAGUUACGGGAGGCUGACGAAUGUGACCUACCCUACAGGUAGGGUGAGCAGCUACCGUACUGAUUCUUACAGUGCUGUGCGAGUCCAGGCUGAAGGCUCCAACAAAGAGGACAUUAUCGUCACCAGCAACCUCUCAGCCUCAGGAACGUUUUACACACUCAUGCAAGAUCAAGUCAAGAACAGUUACUACAUAGGACUGGAUGGUGCCCUUCGACUGGUUCUUGCUAACGGCAUGGAGGUGUCGCUGCACACAGAACCUCACCUGCUUUCUGGAACUGUCAAUCCAACCAUCAGCAAGAGGAACGUCACCCUUCCUAUAGACAACGGCCUUAACCUGGUGGAAUGGAGACAGCGGAAAGAACAAGCACGAGGACAGGUCACAGUUUACGGUCGCCGACUUAGGGUUCACAACAGAAACCUGUUGUCCAUGGACUUUGACCGUAUCACCCGAACAGAGAAGGUGUACGAUGACCACAGGAAAUUCACUUUAAGGAUCCACUACGACCAUGCGGGCAGACCUACCCUGUGGGCACCAAGUAACCGCCUAAACGGAGUCAAUGUGACUUACUCAUCUGGUGGUCAUGUGGCCGGCAUUCAAAGAGGCACGAUGUCUAUCCGGAUGGAAUAUGAUCCAAAUGGGAGAAUAACGUCAAAGAUAUUUGCAGAUGGCAAAUCAUGGAGCUAUACGUACCUUGAGAAGUCCAUGGUGCUCUUGCUGUACAGCCAGCGACAGUACAUCUUCGAGUUCGACAAGAACGAUCGUCUUUGGUCUGUCACCAUGCCCAAUGUGGCUCGGCAUACUCUCGAGACCACUCGCUCCAUCAAGUACUACAGAAACACCUAUAGACCCCCGGAGGGCAACGCCAGUGUGCUGCAUGAUUACAGUGAAGAUGGCCAACUUCUGCAGACCAUUCACCAAGGCACGGGACGUAAAGUCAUCUAUAAGUACGGCAAGAUCUCUCGUCUGCUUGAGAUUAUGUAUGAUACCACGCGUGUUGCCUUCUCAUACGACGAAGCAGCAGGAAUGCUCAAGACAGUGAGUCUGCAAAGCGAGGGCUUUACGUGCACUAUACGGUACCGGCAGAUCGGCCCCCUCAUUGACCGGCAGAUCUUUCGAUUUAGUGAGGAAGGUAUGGUCAACGCUCGCUUUGACUACAACUACGACAACAGCUUUCGGGUAACCAGUAUGCAAGCUGUCAUCAACGAAACCCCCCUGCCUAUUGAUCUUUACCGCUAUGAUGACGUGUCUGGUAAAACAGAGCAGUUUGGCAAAUUUGGGGUCAUAUACUACGACAUCAACCAGAUCAUCACAACUGCUGUAAUGACUCACACUAAGCACUUUGAUGCCUAUGGGCGAGUCAAGGAGGUGCAGUAUGAGAUCUUCCGUUCGUUGAUGUACUGGAUGAUGGUACAGUAUGAUAACAUGGGCCGAGUUGUAGCCAAAGAACUCAAGGUGGGUCCUUACGCCAACACCACAAGGUAUACCUACGAGUACGAUGCUGACGGACAGAUCCAGGUGGUGUCCAUGAACGAUAAACCUUUGUGGCGGUACAAUUAUGAUCUAAAUGGCAACCUGCACCUUCUCAGCCCGGGCAACAGUGCCCGCCUUACUCCUCUACGUUAUGACAUACGGGAUCGCAUUACACGAUUGGGAGACGUCCAGUACAGGAUGGACGAAGACGGUUUCCUAAGACAGCGAGGGAAUGACUUCUUCGAAUACAACUCUGCAGGCUUGCUGGUCAGAGCUUACAGCAGGGUGGGUGGAUGGAGUAUAAAGUACCGUUACGAUGGCCUGGGUCGCAGAGUGUCUAGCAGGAGCAGCCAAGGACACCAUUUGCAGUUCUUCUAUGCUGACCUGUCCAGCCCCACCAGAGUCACCCACAUGUACAAUCAUUCCAGCUCAGAGAUCACAUCGCUCUACUAUGACCUGCAGGGUCACCUCUUCGCCAUGGAGCUGAGCAGUGGUGAUGAGUUCUACGUGGCCUGUGACAACAUCGGGACACCGCUUGCUGUAUUCAGUGGCUCGGGUUUGAUGAUUAAGCAGAUCCUCUAUACAGCCUUCGGAGAGGUCUAUCUAGAUUCAAACCCCAGCUUUCAGCUCGUCGUGGGCUACCAGGGUGGCCUGUAUGAACCCCUCACGAAGCUGGUUCACAUGGGGAGCAGGGAUUACGACGUCCUGGCUGGCCGAUGGACCACACCCGACCAUGAUGUCUGGAAGCAGAUGAACAGCAACAACAUUGUGCCCUUUAACCUCUACAUGUUCAAGAACAACAACCCUCUAAGCAACCCCCAUGAGACCAAGUGCUACAUGACAGACGUAAACAGCUGGUUGGUGACGUUCGGCUUUCAGUUGUACAACGUCAUACCUGGUUAUCACAAACCUGUCACUGAUGCUAUGGAACCAUCUUACGAGCUGAUUCACACCCAGAUGAAGACACAAGAGUGGGACAGCACUAAGUCUGUCCUCGGGGUGCAGUGUGAGGUCCAAAGACAGCUCAAGUCCUUCGUCCGUCUGGAACGUUUCGACCAGAUCUACAGAGCCACCGGUGCUGGCUGCCCGCAAUCCACACUCCGCAACCUCUUCGCCUCAGGGGCCUCCAUCUUCGGCAAGGGCGUCAAACUAGCCAUCCGAGAGGGCCGCGUGAAUUCCGACAUCAUCAGCCUGGCGAGUGAAGACGGUCGGCGGUUGGCUGCGAUCCUGGACCAGUCUGUCUAUCUCGAAGACCUUCAUUUUACCAUCUCCAGCAUGGAUACGCACUACUUUGUGAAGUCGUCUCCGGCGGAGAAUGACCUGGCACUUCUGGGAAUGACUGUGGGACGGCGGAUGUUGGAGACAGGGACUAACGUGACGGUCCAGCAGGUGAACACCGUAUUGGGCGGUCGCGCCCGACGCAUCACUGACGUUCAGCUGCAGCACGGAGCGCUGAGCCUGAACGUGCGCUACGGUAGCAGUCUGGAUGAGGAGAAAGCCCGUGUUCUGGAGCUGACCCGGCAGAGAGUCGUAGCAGCCGCCUGGCAGCACGAGCGGCACCGGUUACGCCAGGGUGAGGACGGUACGCGCACCUGGACGGACACCGAGAGGCAGCAGCUGUUCAGCUCGGGUCGUGUACAAGGCUACGACGGAUACUACGUAGUGCCGGCGGACCAGUUUCCAGAGCUGGCCGAUAGCAUCAGCAAUGUUUAUUUCCUGCGCCAGAGCGAGAUGGGUCGCAGGUGACACGGACAUGAACGGAGGGACCGUUUAGUCUUAGCGUCCAGGACUUCUUGCCAAAGACAAGUGACCCUUUUGUUAAUUUUUUUCAUUUUUCUUUGGGAAAAAAAGAACGUUCGCAAACAAAUGCACUGCAUUAACUGGAGAGCUCUUUUCCUUUUCUUUAUCCUUGUGUCUUUGCCCUCUGAGUGAGGCAGCGCGAGGAAUGACACACGGCAGCGUUGGUUAUUUAGGUCUCUCUACAGAUCAGCUCAAAGGGAUCCUGGAAGAUGGCUGGUAAUGCAUUUUGAUCACUAGCUGGUCCUGCAGUCAAGCGAGCAGAUUGGCAUUCAGCUUCAAUCCAUCCUGCCUUAUUU